AUGAAAUUCAAAUCUUCCGCCAUUUGCCUCAUUGCAAGCUACGGCUCGCUUUGCAGUGCCACAGAUCGACUUCUCAAGCAUGGUUCUCCAGAGUCAGUGGGACUCCUGGCUCAGCCGCUUCAAGAGCUGCCCAGGAACUUGACCCAGUACACGAUCCCUGCCAACUAUGGAUCACCUUCGCAUAACGAGGUGCAUCCUCUCCAGCCCGGAGGCUCCGUUAUCGUCGGUCAUAAGUCGACUAUUGUGAGUUCCUUUGCCUUUGGAAAUGCGAGUCUGUAUGCAGACUCCAUGGGCACAUUGCUUCCUGCCGACGAGUGGAUGCCAGCAAGGAUGGACACCAUCUACGACCUGGCUAGUCUGACCAAAGUGUUCACGGCGGUUGCAGCCUUGCGGGCCAUCGACGAGGGAAAGCUGAGCUUGGAAAAGACCGUUGCUUUCUAUAUGCCUGAGUUCGCAGCUAAUGGAAAGGAGAACAUCACUGUCUUGAUGCUGUUGACCCACACAAGUGGUUUCGCUCCUGAUCCUCUUCCUGGGCUGACUGAUCCAAGCUAUAAGACCAUGCAGCAGCGUGUCGACGCUGUCAUUGGGUAUGAGCUUGAAAAUUCUCCCGGAUCUACCUACACUUACUCAGACCUCAACUUCAUGAACCUGCGCUUCUUGGUUGAGAAAGUCACCAGAACUCCAUUUGACAGGUAUGUCCAUGCGUUCACCAGCGAACUUGGCAUGACCAGCACCUUCUUCAACAAAGGAAACAAUCAGUCCCCUUCGUUCCACUACUACUCGCGCAUGGCACCGACAGAGUACCAGAUCGAAGUCCUGGGGGACUCCGAGCCUCAGCGUCCCCAGCCGGUGCGCGGAACCGUCCACGACGAGAAUGCCUGGUCUCUGAAUGGUGUUAGCGGACACGCUGGUCUCUUCUCCACUGCUGGGGAUGUGGCAAUCUUCUGCCAAAUGAUUCUGAACAACGGUACAUACGGCGGCAAGCAGAUCCUGAAGCCCAAGACUGUAGACUUGAUGUUCACAAACUUCAAUACCGCAUUCCCUGGAAAUGAGCACAGCAUCGGGUUCGAGCUUAACCAGCAUUAUUUCUCCGGACCUAUGGCCAACAUGCUAGCCGGAGGCCACACUGGAUUCACCGGUACGACGCUUGUCGUUGACCGCGCAUCAGAUACCUUCAUGGUCAUGAUGGCCCAUCGUGUGCAGCCGAACCGGAACUGGGCGAGCAACAACAUUGUUCGACAGGCAAUUGGUUAUUGGGUUGCCCGCUCGCUUGGUCGGGAUGUUUCCUUCUCUUGA